AUACCAUUCACAGAGAGGGUCUCUUUCUCAGAACUCUUUUUCGGGGGAUGCUGUUAAGGAAAAUCUUGCAGAUUUUUGCAGUAAAGAAAACCUGUCAACUCCACUCUAAGAUGGUUUUUAUGAAGCAUAUAUGGCUGUAUUUUGGAUGGCUGGCUGUUACGAUCAUGGUUCAUAAUGAAGUCGAGGCCUGGACGUAUCAUUACCGGACAGACAGCAAUAUGACCUGGGAGACAGCUCGCCGGUGGUGCCAGCAGCAUUACACAGACAUGGUGGCCAUCCAGAACAAGGAGGAGAUCGCCUACCUGAACAACAAGCUGCCCCGCCAAAAGUAUUACUACUGGAUUGGCCUCAGGAAGGUGGAGGGACAGUGGACCUGGGUGGGGACCAAGAAGCCCCUGACUAAGGAAGCGGCAAACUGGGCAACAAAUGAGCCUAAUAACCGGCACACCAACGAGGACUGUGUGGAGAUCUACAUCAAGAGGGAAAAGGACACGGCCAUGUGGAACGACGAGAAGUGCAGCAACCUCAAAGUACCGCUCUGUUAUAAAGUGUCCUGUUUAAAUACAUCAUGCAGUGAACAUGCUGAGUGUGUGGAAACCAUCAACAACUACACAUGCAACUGUGACCCGGGCUUCACUGGUCCUCGCUGUGAGGGAGCUGUACAGUGUUCGUCUAUCUCUGGAAACUCCAGUGGGUGGAGUAUGAAGUGCAGCCAUCCCAUCUCCACAAACAGCUACAGCUCCACCUGCACAUUCAGCUGUGAGGAGGGCUUUGAGCUGAGAGGCUCAAACACAACCCAAUGUGAUCACACUGGACAGUGGACACACAAGACCCCCACCUGCUCAGCUGUACAGUGUUCGUCUAUCUCUGGAAACUCCAGUGGGUGGAGUAUGAACUGCAGCCAUCCCAUCUCCACAAACAGCUACAACUCCACCUGCACAUUCAGCUGUGAGGAGGGCUUUGAGCUGGUGGGAUCACUCACAACCCAAUGUGAUCACACUGGACAGUGGACACACAAGACCCCCACCUGCACAGCUGUACCAUGUAAGACGCCCUCUGUGCUUGGUGAAGGAAAAAUGAACUGCUUUAAAGGCAACAGCACUUUCUGCACAGUGGAGUGCUCCCCUGGUCACCUGCUGCUGGGCACUCGGAAACACACCUGCCAACGUGACGGCUUAUGGAGUGACCUCCGACCGCUGUGUAUAAGUUACGGCCAUUUGUUACUGGUUUCGAUGGUGUGCAGUGUCCUUUCAACAAUCGGCUACUUUAUACUCUGCGGUUUGCUUUGCAGAAAGAGAAAAAAGACAAUCAGAAGAAUUGAGGAGGCAGUGAUGAAUCCAGCAUAUGAAGCAGGAGAUGUGGUGCUGGAAGAUUAGGAAGUGUGUGAUGCUUAAGUCACCACUUCAUUCUACUCUUGAAAGCUGCUAUUUUACGG